AUGGCCGAUAAUACUAAAGGGACCGAAGAGAAGGGUUUAGGGGUGGAAGAGCCGUCCUUUGCUAUUGUGGUUGCUCCGGAACAAACGGUCCCACCGGAAGAUAGUUCCGACAGCGACGUAGCUGACGAUGAGUACUCAUCGCCAAGCGAUCCUUGUCCAAGCCCGAAGAGAAGCAGAAAGGGCGACGGUGAAGAAGGCGACAAGGACUGUGUUCCCCCUAAAGAAGGGUGGGACGACUUUCUAAAGUUGAAGAAAUCCUCGAAAGAAAUGGAAAGGAGCCUAAAGUUUUCAGCUUUGGCCAAGAAGAACAAAUUUCCUCGUCACUUAGGCUCCACGGGAUACGCACCAAAGGCGGGGUGGCUGGUACCAAUGGAGGAAUGGACAGAGAGAGCAGGGAACUGGGUAAAAGCUAGAACUCCAAAGAUCACGGAUGAAGGCAAAGUAUCGUUCGAAGAUCCGGAGCUGCAGGGCGUUGCCGAUAAAAUAAAUAAGUUAUGCAGUUCACAGAAAGAAGGAUCUUUCAAGUCUACGAGGGAGAAAGAUGUGCUAAGUACGGUGCUGGGUAAUCCUGAGCAUGGGGGUAGGGUUCGAGGUGUGUCGUCGAAGAUGAGUUGGAAGGAAGGGUUCAAACAUGACCCCCACAAGAAGCAUGAAGCGAACAAGGAUAAACUUAGAGAUAAAGGGGCUACGGAUUUUGAAAGAUUGCACGUUCCUAUUGGACGCUCCGGGAAAACUCUUGAGUUCGCUACAGCGAUUGCUAUCCCUGGGAGAACAUAUGGUGAAGAGUCCAUAACCGAUGUGUAUGCCAAAGUGCAGCCACAAGUGGUGCACGAAGGGUUUGAGUCAUACGACAUAGACUUCCCUACUGUAGAUGGUGUAUCCGUACUUGGGGAUGCUGUCGAUGUUGUAAUUCUCUGGCACAAUAAUGACAUAUCCUUUGGAUUGGGCACCAACGCCACGCGAAAACCUCCGAUACCUUUGCCGAGGAAGGUGAAUGAUAAGGCGGAUGAACCCAAGAUGCAUAAGGAAAAUCUAAUGCCGGAAGUGCCACCGAAGAUUGAAGGGCCAGAGAUUGAAGGGCCAGAAGUCCAAAUGGAAAUUGAAGUAGCAGAACCAGAGGUGCAAAUUGUGGCGUCAGUUGGGCCAUACUCCGAGGUGCCUAGAGUGCUUAGGAGCCACGACUCCAAGUCCAAAGAUGAGAACAAGGAGAAGUUCAUGAUAACCACCUUUAGAGGGUACGAACACGAGAAAGCACUCUUGCCGAAUUGGGCACUAAACGAAGGACCAUGGGAGAUGAGAAGAUUACAUACCUUCUACAUGGAAGCCAGCAAGAAAGGCUUGGGCAGUAUAAUAGCUCGAUCACUGGCAGAUUGUUUCGGCGACGAAGGUUACGCAUGGCUCGAUUUCGCAGAUCUCCACGCCAUAUAUUGUCGGGACAAGAUGGACGUCAACUAUGUUGCUGUUUGGAUGCAAUACAUGGAUGCUAAGAAGAAAAAAGAACCUAUCGGCUUCUUGGAUCCAACUCAAAUUUGUAAAGCACAACAUACCGUGAGGCUAGCACCAGGGUCAGACCAGCUAAAGUGCAAGACUCCAAAACAAAUAGCUGAAUACAAGAAGGGCUUGCACCAGCGGCUCUCCAUCUCUCUCUUCUGCCGUCGCCCUCGAUCGCCGGGGCGGUUGGCGACGCGUACGAAUUCGAUGGCCGGCUCCGCGGCGGACGCCGUGAUACCGGCUUGCGCGGUGGUCGGCAUUGCGUUCGCGGCCUGGCAGUGGUUCGUCGUGUGCCGGACCAAGGUCCCCUACGCCACGACGGCGGCGGCCAGGAACGGCGUCCAGGCGGCGGCGCCCGUGUUCCGGCCGGAGGGCGAGGCCGACGUCGCCGUCGACGGGUACGGCGACGAGGAGGAGGGCGACGGGGACCGCGACGGCGCCGCGGCCGUGGUGAGGUGCGCCGAGAUCCAGAACGCCAUUUCGGUCGGAGCAAACUCGUUCUUGCUCACGCAAUACAAGUACCUCGCCGCCUUCACCGCCGUGUUCGCCGUGAUCAUCUUCCUCUUCCUGGGCUCCGUCCACCGGUUCAGCACGGACAGCCGGCCCUGCCAGUACACCAGGGGCAGGACCUGCAAGCCGGCGCUGGCCAACGCGGCGUUCAGCACCGCCGCCUUCCUCCUCGGCGCCGCCACCUCCGCCGCGUCGGGCUUCGCCGGCAUGCGGGUCGCCACGGCGGCGAACGCGAGGACCACCCUGGAGGCGAGGCGGGGCGUCGGCGAGGCGUUCGCCGCCGCGUUCCGGGCGGGCGCCGUCAUCGGGUUCCUCCUGGCGUCCAUGGCCCUCCUGGUGCUCUACGCCGCCGUCAAGCUGUUCGGCCUCUACUACGGCGACGACUGGGAAGGGCUGUACGAGUCGAUCACCGGCUACGGGCUCGGCGGGUCGUCGGUGGCGCUGUUUGGGAGGGUCGGAGGCGGGAUCUACACCAAGGCGGCGGAUGUCGGCGCGGACCUUGUCGGAAAAGUCGAGAGGAACAUCCCCGAGGAUGACCCAAGAAACCCCGCGGUGAUCGCUGACAACGUGGGCGACAACGUCGGCGACAUCGCCGGGAUGGGCUCCGACCUGUUCGGCUCCUACGCCGAGUCCACCUGCGCGGCGCUGUUCGUCGCGUCCAUCUCGUCGUUCGGCGCCGACCACGACUUCGCGGCGGUGGCCUACCCUCUGCUGAUCAGCUCGGCCGGCCUCAUCGCCUGCCUCAUCACCACGCUCUUCGCCACCGACUUCCACAGGGUCAAGACCGACGGCGCCGUCGCGCCGGCGCUGAAGCUGCAGCUGCUCAUCUCCACCGCGCUGAUGACCGUCGCCGCCCUCGCCGUCACCUUCGCCGCCCUCCCCACCGAGUUCACCAUGUUCGACUUCGGAGAGGUGAAGCGGGUCAAGAACUGGCAUCUGUUCUUCUGCGUCGCGAUCGGGCUUUGGGCAGGUCUCGCGAUCGGGUUCACCACCGAGUACUUCACCAGCAACGCUUACAGCCCGGUGAGGGACGUCGCCGACUCCUGCCGGACCGGCGCGGCGACGAACGUCAUCUUCGGGCUCGCCCUCGGGUACAAGUCGGUCAUCGUGCCGGUGUUCGCCAUGGCCGUCUCCAUCUAUGUCAGCUUCACGCUUGCCUCCAUCUAUGGCAUUGCCGUCGCCGCGCUUGGGAUGCUCAGCACGGUCGCCACCGGGCUCACCAUCGACGCCUACGGGCCGAUAAGCGACAACGCCGGCGGGAUCGCCGAGAUGGCCUGCAUGAGCCACCGGAUCCGGCAAAGAACCGACGCCCUGGACGCCGCCGGAAACACCACCGCUGCAAUCGGCAAGGGGUUCGCCAUCGGAUCGGCGGCGCUGGUGUCGCUGGCGCUGUUCGGCGCGUUCGUGAGCCGGGCGGGGCUGACGGCGAUCAACGUGCUGAGCCCCAAGGUGUUCGUGGGGCUGAUCGUCGGCGCGAUGCUCCCCUACUGGUUCUCGGCGAUGACGAUGAGGAGCGUCGGCAGCGCGGCGCUGAAGAUGGUGGAGGAGGUGCGCCGGCAGUUCGCCGCCGUCCCGGGGCUGGCGGAGGGGCUCGCCACGCCGGACUAUGCCAGGUGCGUCGGCAUCUCCACCGACGCGUCGCUCAGGGAGAUGAUGCCCCCCGGGGCGCUCGUGCUGCUGGCGCCGCUGCUCGCCGGCACCUUCUUCGGCGUCCAGACGCUCGCCGGCCUCCUCGCCGGCGCCCUCGUCUCCGGCGUGCAGGUCGCCAUAUCUGCUUCCAACAGUGGUGGAGCCUGGGACAACGCCAAGAAAUAUAUCGAGGCAGGUGCAUCGGACCAUGCCAAGUCGCUGGGUCCCAAGGGAUCGGAAGCUCACAAGGCGGCGGUGAUCGGCGACACGAUCGGCGACCCGCUCAAGGACACAUCCGGGCCGUCGCUCAACAUCCUGAUCAAGCUCAUGGCCGUGGAGUCUCUCGUCUUCGCGCCCUUCUUCGCUGCUCAUGGAGGAUUGAUAUUCAGGUGAACGGAGAAAGAACAGUUUGUAGCACUCGCAUACGCACGUCUAUAUGGUCAUAGAGAACGAACAAUGUUAUAUGACAAAUCAUUUCAGUCGUCCGUAUUUAUUCAGGCUAGCAACAAACCGAGAGUUCCUCACCAAAACCAAACCCAAAAAGAAAAAAGAAAAAA